GUUAACACGAGCAAUGAAAACAACAUGACAGUGAAGAUAGACUCGUGUAGCACAUGCAUACAGCAUUUUGGAGUGUGAACAUUAGGUAGACAACUCGUGUGAUGACGGACGUAGUCAACUGGUCCUGUGAGGACGUGGAACAAUGGCUGGAGGCAAACAACUUCACACGCUACAGACAACUGUUGUGCGAAGAGCACAAGAUCGAUGGAUUGGCCCUGUUGUCUCUCACAGAAGACGACCUGAGACGGCCUCCCCUCAACAUCCCAGUACUUGGUGAUGUCAAACGACUCGUCAUCAAGAUCAACAUUCUACAUCAGGAAAAUCAGGCCGAGCUCCGCAGCUUUGCACAUCUUAAUGGCUCAGUUGGUGAUAACCGUACCAACAUCUACAGUCCUCCUCGUCUCAACAUCAGCAACAGCAGUGACUGGGAAUAUGCCCAGAGUGCCAUGGGGAGCCCCAGCCUUCGAGGGAGGUGCUCCCAGAGUCUUGAUCCCGAGAUUUGGAAGACUGUCCUGAGUUUUGUGUAUGUGUUCGCGGUGACCCUAUUGACAGCACUUGUGAUGGUGGUUGUCCAUGACAGAGUCCCCGACAUGCAGAAGUUUCCACCAUUACCAGACUUCUUCUUGGAUAAUAUGCCCUAUGUGUCAUGGGCGUUUGAAGCCUGCGAGUUGGUUGGGUUAACUCUUUCUUUGAUGUGGUGCGCAAUCCUGUUCUUCCACAAACAUAGGUUCAUCUUGAUGAGGAGGAUGUUUUCAUUGGCGGGCACUAUCUUCCUGCUGCGAUGUAUAACAAUGUUCAUCACCUCGCUGUCUGUACCCGGAGCACACCUUCAGUGUAGUGGCAAGACUUACGGCAGCUUUUGGACGAAGUUGGAGAGAGCUUUUGAGAUCUGGAAAGGAUGUGGUAUGACCCUGCAGGGAGUCCGGACCUGCGGAGACUAUAUGUUCAGUGGACACACGGCAAUCAUCACUCUCCUUAACUUUUUCAUCACGGAAUAUACACCCCAACAGAAGGCCUACCUUCUUCACAUGAUGUCAUGGGUGCUGAAUGUCUUCGGCAUAUUCUUCAUCUUGGCCGCCCACGAGCACUACUCCAUUGACGUGUUCAUCUCCUUCUACCUCAGCUCCCGGCUGUUCAUGUACUACCACACCCUCGCCAACAACCGUUCACUCAUGCAGCAGGACGCAGAGCGCACCCGAGUUUGGUUCCCCAUGUUUUCAUUCUUCGAGUCCAAGUGCGACGGGGUGGUGCCCAACCAGUUCGAGUGGCCAUUACCUAGCCCCUACACGAUCUUUCAAUAUUUUCAGAACAAACUGAAAGUGUCCUGAUACUUUUCUCAAACAUUGCUAGAUGUUUACAAGAUUGUUCCUUGUAUCAAACAAGAGGACGACAUGCAUAGUAUAUGAAGAUACAUGAUUUCAUAUAUAUAUGUUUUCAGGUUUUGUUGGAAAUGAUAAGAUUUAAAAACUUUGUCCAACAAAAGAAUACUGUGACAUUAUGUAGAUAACAUUAGGUUGGAUUUCAGGAGAGUUUUUUAUUUAUAUUUAAGUUUAACGCACAACAUGUACAAGAAGACAUAUUCAGAUAGUCUGAACAAUUUUUUAUGGGAAUUUGUACAUAUUUUUCCAAGCCAUGACAUGUUAAACUUGUUGAAGAAAUACCAAUUUCAAGACAGUUUCAUGCUAAGUUCAUUCCAUGUCACAAUUUGACAGUGCUAAGUACUUCUAAUAAGUUAACAACAGUUGGUCGAUUGCUUUAUAUAUUCCUUCAGUUAUAAAACAAUAUCAAAAUGGCUUGAAAAAUCAUUCCCACGGAAUAAGAUGGUUUGCAAUAACAUGUACGAUAUUAAAUGUAAUGAUACACGGACCAUACCAUGACACAGGCAUGGCAACACGCCUGUCAUGCUACAAUGCACCAUCUUUGAUAAAUGCACCAAUGUACUUAGUAUUAAAACCUCGGUCUCUAAAUGAUCAUUGAACUCAGAUGGUUCUUCAAACCCAAAUGUUGUCAGAGAUUGUCCUGCAGUGGGACAUAGUUCAAAUGAACAUUUCUGGAGGUUGAAGAACAGACCCUUGUACAUGUUGUACAGACUGUACAGGGAAAUCAUGUCAACUCAAACACCACUAACUUGACAUUGAAUUUAAGAUUAUAUAUCUUCAUGAUCCCAGUGGAAUCGUCAUCUGCUGCUCUAAUGUGGGCAGUGAGGUCUGAUAUGGACACCAUUGUCUAAUAUUGGUACUUUGGUGUGAUAUGGACACUAUGGUCUAAUAUGGAUACUGUGGACACUAUGGUCUAAUAUGGGUACUAUGGUGUGAUAUGGACACUGGUCUAAUAUCGACACUAUGGUCUAAUAUGGACACGAUGGUCUAAUAUGGGUACUAUGGUGUGUGAUAUGGAGACAUGUCUAAUAUGGACACUAUGGUUUAAUAUGGACACUAUGGUCUGAUAUGGACUUUAUGGUCUAAUAUGGGUACUAUGGUCUAAUAUGGACACUAUGGUCUAAUAUGGCCAUGAUGGUCUGAUAUGAGUACUAUUGUGUAAUAUGGACACUAUGGUCCGAUAUGGACACUAUUGUCUAAUAUGGACACUAUGGUCUGAUAUGAGUAUUAUGGUGUGAUACUGACACUAUGGUCUGAUAUGGAGACUUAUGUCUAAUAUGGACACUAUGGUCUAAUAUGGACACUAUGGUCUGAUAGGAGUAUUAUGGUGUGAUACUGACACUAUGGUCUGAUAUGGAGACUUAUGUCUAAUAUGGACACUAUGGUCUAAUAUGGACACUAUGGUCUAAUAUGGACACUAUGGUCUGAUAGGAGUAUUAAGGUGUGAUAUGGACACUAUGGUCUGAUAUGGACACUACAUUCUUGUGUGAGUACUUUGGUCUAAUAGUGUCUCUACAGUCGAAUAUGGACACACUGGUUUGAUGUAAAUACCAUGGUUUAAUGUGGACAUUGUGGUCUAAUUUGAGUACUCAAACUACAGAUAACAUGACAUUCAUGUUACAAUCCCAAGGUAUUUGAGUCAACAAUGUUCCAGAGCUGUUGUUAAAUAAUAUGAGGCUUGUAGCUUUCUUUCAUUCAUAACUUCCAAUGCUGAUCAUGCUGAUGUGUAUGGGUGUACCUGUAUGCAUUUUGAAAAUUGAUAGGUGAAACUGAGAAUUUAAGCAAGGCCAUAUCAUGGAAUGCUUUGUCACCCAAAAUAUUGUUUUAUUGCAUUUAGGACAAAUAGCAAUCUCUACACACACUGCCAGAAGUUAUUGCUAAUAAAUGGGGCCAAAUCUGGCACAAUGUCAUGGCAAAGUGAAGUUGUCUUCUACCUUGGAAUGACAUUAACCUUGUGAGUGGUAGUGCUUGCAUACUUAAUAAUCCAGGGUAUUCUGUUUCCAUUCAGUUACCGUAUUUAACGUAAUAUGCGCCCCACUCUUUAAGCGCCCAUGGCAUUAUUUGCUAAUAUAUUGGCUAGUGAACAAUCCCAAUUAGCACCCCAUCCUAUUGAUCAAUAUACACAAGACUUAUUUAUUUGUGUAUAAUACGCACUCGUGUGUUAUAUGCAUCCUUAAUUAUGCGCAAUUAAAUUCUCGAAAAAUAUAUCUGUCGUGUAUAAUACGCACAGACUUUUCUUUUGUAUCAUUUCAAGCUGUCAGCAUUAACCAUGAAAUUUUCGAUCUUUCAACUCUGUUGGGUUUUUUUCACCAACAGUUUAUUCUAAUAAGUACCCCCUAGUUCUAAUUUUGAGAGCGCCCUGGGUACUUAUUACGUUGAAUACGGGAGGACAAAUAUCUGACCCCAGUCACCACCAUAGGUUCAUUUACAGCCUAUUUACCAUCCAAUCAAAUUACAUGCCUGAGCGAAGUAAGUGAUGAGAGAGAUUCCGAAACGAACCGGGGGCACGGGUGGCCCAGUCGUCUAAGGCGCCGCGAUUCGCUGUGCAGAGUUGCGUCCCUUGGGCAUGCCA